UAUUGCAACUGACCAUGACGAUACAUGAUGGAACCAUUUACGAUGUUGCGGUUUUAAGUGAUGAAAUGAAAAUCCAAAACUACCGGCAUAGAUUGAAUUCCAUGAACAAUCUGUCUGAUAUUGCCCAGGCACUUGGUGCAGAGAGAACUCGGACAGAGCUGAUUCCAUUUCUGACUGAGAAUACUCAUGAUGAUGAAGAAGAAGUUCUUCUUAGAAUGAUUGAACAGUUGGGAUUGUUUAUUCCAUAUGUCGGAGGAAUUGAACAUGCUAGUGUGUUACUUCCACCCUUGGAAUAUUUCUGUACUACUGAAGAGACUUGUGUCAGGGACAAGGCGAUUGAGAUAUUGUGCAAAAUAGGGAGUCAGAUGAGUCAAUCAGACAUGAUUGAAUCGUUUUUUCCAAUGUUGGAGAGACUGGCUGAUGGGGAGUGGUUUACUGAUCGAAUUUCAACAUGCGGAUUAAUUCACAUUGCUUAUCGGCACGCCCCAGAGCCUGUAAAAAAUGAACUUAGGACUCUGUAUAGACAACUUUGCCAUGAUGACGAAUCUUUGGUGAGAGAAGCAGCUGCAAUAAAUCUUGAAAAGUUUGCUGCGACUAUUGAACGACCCUAUCUGUCGAAUGACAUCAUGUCAAUGAUCAAGGAUCUGACGAAGGAUGAUCAAUAUUCUGUUCGUUCAUUUGCUGUCAAGAGCUGUGCGAAUUUAAGGAAGCUAUUGGAGCCAUCAGUUUUUGUACAAGAGCUUCUCCCUAUCAUAGUUGAAUCUGCACAGGAUGAAGUUUGGCCAGUUCGUUGCAUGGUUGCAGAUCAACUUCUUGAACUAUGUGACGCAGUUGGACCAGAACUUACCAGGACGGUCAUUGUCAAGGCAUAUGUUCAUCUAGUUCGUGACAAAGUUGUUGAAGUGCGCAAAACUGGAGCUGGUAAGGUCACCAACUUUUGCCAGAGAUUGAGCCCUGAGAUUUCAUUCCAGCAUAUCCUUCCUUGUGUCAAGGCACUAUCAUCAGAUUCUUCCCAUUAUGUUCGUGCUGCUGUGUCUUCAGAUAUUGUAGGACUGGCUCCUAUUUUAGGAAAGGAUGCAACCAUUGAGCACCUUCUCCCAGUAUUUCACUCCCUUCUGAAAGAUAGUUCCUCUGAAGUUCGUUGGAACAUUACCAGUAAGCUUGACCAAAUAAACCAGGAGAUCGGAAUUGAAUUGCUCUCCCAAACACUUUUGGCAGAUAUUGUUGAACUUACAGCGGUUAGACACAGUUGGAGGAUUCGUCAUGCAAUAAUAGAGUUCAUCCCUAUAAUGGCGAGUCAUCUGGGUGUUGGCAUUUACAAUGAUGUACUUGGUGUUCUUUGCAUUCAAUGGUUAAAAGAUAAGGUUUGCGCAGUUCGAGAGGCGGCAGUACAGAAUCUUAAGCGUCUAGCAGAGAUGUUUGGUCAAGAAUGGGCAUCAGCGCAUAUCAUUCCACAGGUCCUGAACGUGGUUAAUGACAAAUAUUCUCUUUAUCGGAUGAAUGUGCUUGACGCUCUUCUAAAUCUUGCCCCUGUAAUGGGCUCAGAGAUUACUUGUUCCCAGAUUUUGCCAGUUACACUUGCUGCAUCAAAAGACAGUGUACCUAACUGUAGGUCCUAUGUGGCAAAAGUGUUGAAGUCUCUUGCUUCUGUUGUUGAUCAAUCUGCUGUGGAAAAAUCAAUUCGGCCAUGUUUGUAUGAACUCAAAGCGGAUAGCGAUCCUGAAGUUGUGUAUUUUGCCAAGGAAGCUCUACAGGAAAUCGAUCAAGUGAAAGAUCAAAGAGGACUAGGAUCCUUAUGUUGGAAUUGGAAAUAUCAAGUGAUAGGUCAAAACUAGAUUUCUCCUUGUUGAUAGUGAAACAUAAAGGUGAAUAAAGAUGCAACAGAGUUUUAUCAUCUAAUAUCGGAUUUGGCAUUCUCCUGCAAGGCGUUAGAUGCAUCGACAAAGACAGAUAUAUAAAGAGUAGCAUUUCCAUUAGAGUUUAUUUUACCAUGCCUCUAAAAGGUUAGACAGUAGAGAUCUCUUGAACUUCCAACGAGCAUGUAACUAUAUUUUACUAGUGUGUAGUGUACAUACUGGCAAGCAAGCUUUUUGGUUUGGCUAUGUUUUGGUGGUUCCUGACUUGUUGGCUACUUGCUAUUGGGAAUUUUAAG